ACUGCAGUUCUCCAUUCUCAAAGCCAUAUCAAGCCAGCUCUCUCACCAAGAUAUCAUCUUUAGAGAUAAAUAAUAAUUUGUCAAGUUCCAGUUGGCCAAGCAGAAAAUACUGAAAUGGCACACUCAGCACAAUCCUCAGCAACUCCCUCGAUUGAAUUGCAUGGUGACGAAUUCUGGCCACUUUCAGGGAAACCUUACUUUGAUGUCAUACUCACGAAAUCCCAUGUCAAACCCAUUUACCAAAUGGAGAUCCCACCCAAGCUUGAUUCAGUAUUACCUGCGGGUAAUUCAGUCCCUAUGGUCCUCAGCUUUGGGGAGAAGAGCUGGGAGAUGACAUUUAGUGAAACAAAACGUCUUAAAUUAGUUGAUCGACACUCAUGGAAGUCAUUUGUCGAUGACAACAGUCUGAAGGCUGGAGAUGGAUGUGUUUUCGAACUCAUAAGCUGUGACAGUACAAAAGUGUUGUUCAAGGUCCAAAUCCUCAGAGGUGACAUCCCAGCUGAGCUAAUGGAGAAGUACUCCAAUGAGGCUGAGAAACCCAUUGUUAUACAAUAAUGUUUCCUUUCCAUGGAUCAUUGAUGUACCAAUUUCCUGACUCAUUGGUGAAGAAGAGAUCAAGUGAAUUUCUUGUAAUGCAAGGAGAAACUUGUGAAUCAAAUGUCGAUUUCAA